AGUUGCUGCUGGGUGUUGGCGGAGCGGCUGGCUGGUCACCAGAAAAGUUUUUGGGUGCCACUUUGGGUCCUCCCCCCGUUCUUAAUACCACACUACGGUACAGUACAGUACAGUACAGUGCAGAUCGAUUGACACCAUGUCUGAUACUGAGGAGAUCGUGGAGGAGUACGAGGAGGACGUGCAGGCUGAGGAGGAAGAGGAGGAGGUGAUCGCAGACCAGGAGGAGGCUGAGGAGCUGGAGGAGCAGGAAGCAGAGGAGCAGGCAGAAGAGAAGGACCAGGAGGAAGAACAGAACGCAGAACAGGAGGAGGAGGAGGAGGAGGAGGAGGAUGCCAAGCCCAAGACGCCCAAGAGUGUGUACGUGCCCAACAUCGCACCACCCAAGCUGCCCGAUGGCGAAAAGGUGGACUUCGAUGACCUGCACCGCAAGCGUGUGGAGAAGGACUUCGGCGAGCUGCAGAGCCUGAUCGAGCUGCAUUUCAGCAGCCGCCAGAAGGAAGAGGACGACCUGGUCACCCUGCGCAACCGCAUCGAGCAACGCCGCGCCGACCGCGCCGAGCAGCAGCGUGUGCGCACCGAGCAGGACCGCGAGCGUCAGGCCCGUCUGGCCGAGGAGCGUGCCCGCCGCGAGGAGGAAGCCGCCAAGCUGCGGGCCGACGAGGAGGCCAAGAAGAGGCAGAUCAUCAGCAACAAGGGAUACGGCAGCUACCUCACAAAGGUGGACCAGAAGAAGGGUAAGAAGCUGACAGAGCGUGAGAAGAAGAACAAGGCGCUGAUGGAGCGCCGCAAGCCGCUCAACAUCGACCACCUGAACCAGGAGAAGCUGGUGGAGAAGGCGCGCGACCUGUGGGAGUGGCUGCGGCAGCUGCACUCGGAGAAGUUCGACCUGGCCGAGCAGCACAAGAGGCAGAAGUACCAGGUCAGCGUGCUGAGGAACCGCGUCACGGACCACCAGCGCGGAAGCAAGGCCGCCAAAACCGCCCGGGCCACCGGCAAGAGCAAGGCAGGCUCGUGGAAAUGAGUUGUUAUGACUGAGCACGUGUGUUUCGGUUGUCCCUUUAGAAAAAAAUAUAUUAAAAAACGUACACGACUAUGCCAAUGUUACCAGCGGGCCACCAUGGCAGUCACAGGUAGGGACAUCAAGGGCAAAGCAGGCUCGUGGAAAUGAUAUCACAGUGAACAGUGUACAUUCAAUACUUAGAGAGUCCAUUUUCACAUGCUGUUAAGUGUACUGUAUUUGGUCAUAGAGCACUCUUUAAGUUUUGAAUUAACACUACAUGUUUUACUGUGUUGUCACACGUUUGGGUGUCCCAUAGGAAAAAAUAGGCCUAAAAAACCUUAUGGCUAUGCAAAUUUAAUAAAAUGAUAAAGAAAUGGGCCACAUUUAUAGAUAUGUCAUACUAUCAACUAUGUGCUAGGCACUCAUACACAGUCCAUGUACUAUGUUUCAGUACAUAGAGCUUGUAUGUGUGCCUUACAGAGGAAUUGGCCUCUUUGUAUGUGCCAGAUAAAUUAUGAAGUCCAUAUAUGAAUCAAGUUUUGUAUCUUUUCUCAAUAGCAUUUGUCACUGCCUGUCAAAGCUCAAUGGAAAACCAGCCGCACCAAGUUUAUGAUGGACUGUGUAAAAAUGCAACUGCUGCUGUAAUUGGCAUGCUUGUUGGAAUGUGUUCGUUUUGAGAAUGUUUGUGUCUUUAUAUUUGUGCAAUAUAGACUUCACUCGAACUGCCCCUAUAUGUGUAUAACUAUUAUCCUACAUCAAUACAGCUACAGAGUAAAACUUAUCACAGCAUUUGGCUCCAGGGAUGCGUUGGCCUUCUGGGAUGGAGUCCUUGUCACUACUUCACUUUUGGGGCGCAUAAACUGCAAUUAUUGACGCUUCUCAAUCACAGUGCACACUGUUAUUAUAGCAGAGAAAAUAAAAAGGCAUCACGGAUGAUGAUUGUGAUAUGUGUUUGAUCUUGAGCAUAAAGGGAUUAUCAUGUUGUAAAUCACGAUGUUAUGUUUAGAUAACAAAACUGUGUAUGAGUAAUUGUUUUGAAAUCUCUUGUUUACCUUUUAAAUGUAAGUUUAAAAAAAUGAUUGAAUCAUGUUAUAAAUGAUUAAGGUCUCUGGUUGUUCCAAUAUUUAAAUGAGUUUCC